CCCAGGCCACCCUUCGCUCGUCCGCCACUGCAACCCAUCAUCACCGACUUGACUUUCGUCGGAUCAUCACCUUUGGUAUCUACAUAGAACUAGAGACAAUAUGUCAGGCGACGAGACACUGCAGAAGCACGAGGAGUCCGACUCUGAGGAGGAGGAAGAGGCAGAAGAGCCUGAGGUUGUGCCGAGCGUUGAGAUCGAUCCUUCGAAGUUGACGCCUCUUUCGCCUGAGGUUAUUUCAAAACAGGCCACAAUAAACUUGGGUACCAUUGGACAUGUCGCACACGGAAAGUCGACAGUGGUGAAAGCCAUUUCGGGAGUCAUGACCGUUCGAUUUAAAAACGAGCUCGUGCGGAAUAUCACCAUCAAGCUUGGUUACGCCAACGCCAAAAUUUACAAAUGUGAGAACGAAGCCUGCCCACGACCAGGCUGCUACCGUUCAUACCGCUCCGACAAAGAGGACCACCCGCCCUGCGAGCGACCAGGAUGUGGCCACCGCAUGAAGCUCGUUCGCCAUGUCUCCUUCGUCGACUGUCCCGGCCACGACAUUCUCAUGGCCACAAUGUUGAACGGUGCCGCCGUCAUGGACGCCGCCCUCCUUCUCGUUGCCGCAAACGAAACAUGUCCUCAGCCUCAGACAUCUGAGCAUCUGGCUGCCGUGGAGAUCAUGAAGCUGGAGCAUCUCAUCAUUUUGCAGAAUAAGGUGGAUUUGAUCAAGGAGGCGCAGGCGCUGGAGCACCAGAAGAGUAUCACGGCAUUCGUGAAGGGCACGGUCGCCGAACAAUCGCCAAUCGUCCCCAUCUCCGCCCAGCUCAAAUACAAUAUUGACGCUGUGAACGAGUACAUCGUCAAACGUAUCCCCAUUCCCGUCCGUGAUUUCACCUCCGACCCCCGCCUCAUCGUCAUCCGUUCCUUCGACGUCAACAAGCCCGGUUCAGAAGUCGACGAUCUCAAGGGCGGUGUCGCCGGUGGGUCUAUCCUCACCGGUGUUCUUCGUCUCGGUAUGGAGGUCGAGAUCCGUCCUGGUAUCGUUACGAAGGAUGCGGCGGGAAGGAACAGGUGCAAACCUAUCUUCAGCAAGAUCGUGACGUUGUUGGCGGAGAACAACCAUCUGCAGUUUGCUGUUCCGGGUGGGUUGAUUGGUGUUGGCACGAAGAUCGAUCCCACGCUUUGUCGUGCGGAUAGGUUGGUGGGACAGGUUUUGGGAGCGGUUGGCAAGCUUCCGCAGAUUUUCACCGAGCUCGAAAUCUCCCUGUUCCUCCUCCGCCGACUACUCGGUGUCAAAACGGAAGACAAGAAACAAACCAAAGUCUCCAAACUCGUCAAAAACGAGCUCCUUCUCAUUAAUAUCGGAUCAACCUCCACCGGGGGUCGUGUCCUCUCCGUCAAAGCCGAUCUUGCAAAGAUCCAGCUCACGUCGCCCGCGUGUACCGAGGUUGGGGAGAAGGUGGCAUUGUCGAGGAGAAUCGAGAAGCAUUGGCGUCUGGUUGGAUGGGGAAGUGUGCAGAGGGGGACGGUUUUGGAGGUGGAUUAGCCGGUUUUAUGUUUUGAGAGGGCAUUGAUGUGGUGGCGACUUGGGCUAGGCUGGGUCGGGAUGAAUAUGAGAAAAUGUAGACUGUACAUGGACACCGACAGCAGCUUGUACGGGCGCACUUGUAUCCCACAUUCACUCGAUGUGAAUCGCAUUCUUGUUGUAUCAAUCAAUCCUGCAGAAUAUUGCUACU